AUGUCUGAGGACCAAAGCAAAGCCAGCAACACCGCCCCCUCUCAUCAGGGCCAAGCAGAUGCACAAUCGUCCUUUCCUGCAUCUCACUACUCUGCAAUCACAGGCUACAACGUAUCUUCCGUGUACGUCGGAAACCCCGAUGGGCCUGGGCACGUUGAAUUGGAAUCUCUGCCUUGGGACCAUGCUUCUCGUUUCGGACACGAGUUUUACCUGGCAGGACCGGAUGGAAAGCUAUCACGGGCGACUAGGGGUUGA